AUGUCACGUCUAAUAGUCCGAGGCCUCCCCUCAUAUCUCACCGAUGCUCGUCUCCGCGAGCACUUCUCACAAAAGGGUGCAGUCACAGAUGUAAAACUCAUGCGUCGACCCGAUGGAACCUCGCGCAAGUUCGGCUUCGUCGGCUACCGUUCCGAGGAAGAAGCUCGACAAGCGCUUGACUAUUUCAACCGCACUUUCAUCGAUACUGCACGCAUCUCGAUUCAGUUCGCGAAGAAGAUUGGUGAUGAGGAGCUUGCAAAGCAGCGUGAGGACCGGAGGAAUCGACGCACCGCUGGUGUGGCGGAUCAAGGAGGGGAGGAGGGGAGAGGAGAGGGGAAGAAGAGGAAGUUCGAUAAAGCCGACGGGAAGGAUGGAGAGGGACAGAAGAAGAGGGGCAAGAAGGGAGGCGCGAUUAGUUUUGAGGAGUUCAUGAGUGUCAUGCAGCCCAAAGCGAAGAGGAAGGCAUGGCAGAAUGAGGAUGGAUUGCCCGAGCAGACGAUGGAAGAUAUCACUGCGCCGGUGGAGAAAUUGGAGAAGAAGGCCGAGAAGAAGGCCAAGAAGGCUGCAGCAGCGGAGGACAAAGCGCAGAAGGAUGAAGCAGCAGCGGCGGUGGCGGAGGAAGCGGAAGGGGAAGCCGAAGAGGAAGCCGAAGCCGAACUCGGCGCAGCAGCCAACGACGUUGGUCUGACAGACGAAGAGUACAUGCGUCUUCGAAUGAAGCACAAGGUCGGAACCGAUCUCGAUAAAGUCGACGACGAGACCACUCCCGCUGGACCGCAAUUCGAACAAUCUGACGACGAAAAGGAUGACGCUGACAACAAAGCUGACGAGUCCGAUUCUGACUCUGAGGACGAGGAAGUCAACGACGAAGAAGUCGAACGCAAACAAGCCGCUCAACGCAGGAAAGCAGAAGCAGCAGCAGCCAAAGAUCAAAAGAUCGUCGAUCAAAUCAUGGAGAGCGGUCGUCUGUUUGUUCGCAAUCUUCCGUUCGCAGCGAGUGAGGAUGAGGUCCAGAGCUUCUUUGAGAGCUUUGGAAGUGUUAAGCAGGUCCACAUCCCAUUAGACAAGCAGACCAAAGCUUCGAAGGGACUUGCGUUCAUCUCUUUCACCGACCCAGCGCAUGCGCUUGCAGCAUUCCGUGCAAAAGACGGCUCUACUUUCCAAGGUCGCCUACUUCACCUCUUACCCGCUGUCAACAAAGAAUCCCCCACCGCAGCUGAAGAUAAGAAGCCUGCAACCCUCAAGCAAGCACGAGCAGACGCCAAGAAACAAGAAGCAGGAAAAGACUUUAACUGGUCCAUGCUCUACAUGUCUUCCGACGCUGUUGCCUCCUCCAUCGCAGACCGUCUCGGUGUUUCCAAAGCUGACAUCUUGAAUCCGGGUGCUGAGGGGGGACCGGAUAAUGCAGCUGUCCGAUUGGCGUUGGCUGAAACAAGGAUCAUUCAGGAGACAAAAGAGUUCUUCACCCAGCAAGGUAUCAAUGUCGACGCAUUCAAUCGCAGCGGAAAGGUAGAGAGGAGUAACACAACGAUGUUAGUAAAGAACAUUCCGUACGGCACAAGUGUAGAAGAGGUGCAGAAGUUGUUUGAAGAGUUCGGAGAGGUCGAUAAAGUGUUGAUUCCGCCAAGUGGGACGAUUGCGAUCGUGGAAAUGCCAGUGGAGGGGGAGGCGAAGGUGGCGUUUAGAGCUAUUGCGUAUAAGCGUUUCAAGGGCGGAAUCCUUUACCUAGAGAAAGCACCAGUGGGGUUGUUGGACACCAAAAAGGCGGGGGGUGCGGGGGAGAAGAAGGUGGUUCAGGCUCCAAUUAAGGGCAAGACGAUCGAUGAGGCUUCUAAUCCUAGUGCGAACAUUGCUGAAGGGGAGGAUGAGGCGGUGGACGGUGCGACACUUUAUGUCAAGAACCUCUCUUUCUCUACUACGGAUGAGAGAUUAGUAUCGACGUUCCAUGGGCUGAGCGAUUAUGCGUUUGCGAGGGUUCAGACGAAACCAGAUCCACGUCGAUCCGGAGCUCGUCUUUCAAUGGGAUACGCUUUCGUCGGCUUCAAAUCUAUCGAUGCUGCUCGAACCGCUCAGAAAACAAUGAACGGAAAGGUGCUCGAUGGACAUACUCUCGUCGUUACUUUCGCUAGACGCAAUGUGGAGACCACCACCUCCUCCUCCCUCUCUUCCUCCGCCAAUGGGACAACGAAGAUCCUGGUCAAGAACUUACCCUUCGAAGCAACCAAGAAGGAUAUCCGCGAUCUGUUCUCCUCUCAAGGUCUAGUCAAAUCGGUCAGAUUGCCGAAAAAGUUCGAUAAUUCGACUCGAGGAUUCGCUUUUGUCGAGUAUACCACGGUUAGAGAGGCACAAGCUGCCAUGGAGGCUCUCAAGCAUACCCAUUUGCUCGGAAGACACUUGGUCUUACAGUGGAGUAAGACAGCUACAACGGCAGAAGAGGAGGUCGAGAUGCAAAGGAACAAGACGAAGAGCGGUUAUGUUGCUGCUGGAGAAGCAGAAACAUUGGGAAACAAGCAAGGGAAGAUCAAGUUGAGUACAAUGCAGAUUAAUGAGGCUGUGAGGAAGGCCAGGAGUCGUAGAGAUGAUGUUGAGGAUGAGGAGUGA